AUGAAACUCCAAUCGCUCGUUGCCGCAGCGCUGGCGGCAAUCGCCGUCGCCGCCCAGGAGGUGACGGGAGUGUUUUCCGGCAUCUCUUCCGUGGUGCCCCAGGUGCCCAACCAGAGACCGCUGGCGAUCUGGACCACCACCGUCGACUGGGGGAUCGACGGCUCCAAAGUGUCCCCCGGCGAUACUUUCCAUUUGACGCUUCCGGGGGUGUUUCUGUUCGCGGCAAAGACGGUGGACUUGAAGGUGGGCGACACCGUGUACGCCCACUGUACGAUGUCGGGAGGCGUCGACACUGACGGCACCCUCAAAUGCACUGCGACCGACGCCGUGACGCCCACCACCGAAGUUUAUGGCGAGGCGUGGUUUCAGGUGUUCCUCUGCCAGGGGUUCGCGUUUGAGUCAGGCGACUUGCACUGUCUGAGCUUCUGGCAAGCAGGACUGAACACGUGGACAAUCAACGACGGCGCCAACGAUUUUUCCUAUACUUUUAAUAUUCACGGGGAAUACGACUCCGAGAAGUCUCAGGGUAAAAGAGGCCCGUCCGAUAUCGUCCGCACCGGUGUGUGUGCCGACGGCUACGACCUGGCGCUGAUUCUGGCGUCAAUCGCCGACGGCAACAUCGACUGUUCCACGGUGAAAGUGACCUACUCUUUAGGGGUAAACGACUGGAACUCGCCCAAAACCAAUGAAGGGCUGAGCAUUAGUCCCUAUACGGUGUCAUGUUCUGCGGGCAAAGUCACCGUCACCAUGGGGAGCAUCCCCGCUGGCUACGUGCCGUUUUUGACGUUUACCGACGACGGGGUGGGCAAAAACUUCACUUAUGGCAAUACCUAUAAGUGUAAGUCUCUGUCCACUACCAAGACCAAUACCUGGACGCGCUACUACCCUGGUGGUUCGGUGACGGGGCUGGCGGGGGCCGACGGGAUGGCCAUUGCUAGAACCACUACGGGGUGGACGGGGACGGCGGUCCUGACGACGACGUUGCCGUUUGUUACUACCAGUGGCGGCACCAAGACGGUGGUGAUUUUGACGCCUUACCCGACGCUGACGUCAAACACUCCUACUUCGUCGGACACGCCCACGUCUUCUUCGGAAGAGUCGUCGUCUCCAUUGAUCACGUCGUCGUCCGAACUGACAGUGGAACUGACCACGGAAUCGCUGACUGAAUUGUCUCUGCUGACCGAGGAGCUGUCCCUGACUGAAGAGUCUAUUCUGUCAACCGAAGAACCCUCGCUGCUGACUGAAGAACCCUCGCUGCUGACUGAAGAACCCUCGCUGCUGACUGAAGAACCCUCGCUGCUGACCGAGGAGCCUUCUCUGUCAUCUGAAGCACCUAGUCUGUCAUCCGAAGCACCUAGUCUGUCAUCCGAAGCACCUAGUCUGUCUUCCGAGCAAGUUUCGUCCACUGAGGAGCUGUCGCUGCUGACCGACGAGCCAACUCUGUCUUCUGAGGAACCCACUCUGUCUUCUGAGGAACCCACUCUGUCUUCUGAAGUAUCUUCGUCCACUGAGGAACCGUCGCUGCUGACUGAAGAAUCGCUGACUGAGGCACCUUUGUCUACUGACGAACCCACACUGCUGAGCGAGGAACCUUCUCUGUCCACUGAAGAGCCGUCGCUGCUGACUGAAGAGCCGUCGCUGCUGACUGAAGAGCCGUCGCUGCUGACUGAAGAAUCGUCGCUGCUGACCGAAGAACCUAGUCUGCUGAGUGAAGCACCUUCAUCUACUGAGGAGCCCACUUCUCUGGUUGAACUGUCUACUGAAGAACCCACUUCCCUGGCUGAACUUACCACUGAGCAACCGUCUUCUUCAACCACCGACGAACCAUCGCUGUCGCUGGAACUGUCGACUGACGCCCUGUCAACUGAGGAACCCGCAUCGCUGUCGGAAUUGCCUUCGUCGUCCGAAGAGCCCACUCUGUCUGUGGAACUGACCACUGAAGUGCCCUCCUCUUCUGAAGAGCCCACUUCGCUGGUACAACUGUCCACUGACGCGUCUUCGCUGUCAAUUGAGCUGUCGACUUUGGAACCUACGUCUUCAUUUUUCUGGAGUAACUCUUCCAGCACUGUGGUUGUCCUUCCCUCGAGUCUGGAAAUUCCCACUUCUCUGGACAUUACCACUUCCCUCGACAUUGUGCCUUCAUCGUCGGACGCCCCUACCUCGUCGGACGCUCCUUCUUCGACUGACGCUCCUUCUUCGACUGACGCUCCUUCUUCGACUGACGCUCCUUCUUCGACUGACGCUCCUUCUUCGACUGACGCUCCUUCUUCGACUGAGGCUCCGUCGUCGCUGGCUGCUCCUACCUCUUCUAGUGAAGAAGCCUCCCCUUCGAGCCUGGACGUGUUUCCUUCGAGCGCCGAAACCGCGUCGACUCUGCUGCCUGACUCGUCGUCUGAGGUUCCCCCCACUUCCAGCCUUGACGAGCUUUCGCCUUCCACCAAUGACGCUUCGCCUUCUACCAGUGAUGCUGCUCCGUCAAGUCUGGACACGGUAGUGUCUCCCUCGAACCUGAGUGUUGAAGAAACCAGCCUGAACGCUCCCUCGAGUCUGGAUGUCACCUCGAGCGUGGACGCUCCUUUGAGUCUGGAUGUUACUUCGAGCGUGGACGCUCCUUUGAGUCUGGAUAUUACUUCGGAGACUCUCUCGUCUCUGAGCUCGGACGUGUUCGCCACCGAACUCACUGAAUCGGCGACUUCGCUGGACAACGCUCCUUCGUCUACCGAGUCGACUGGCUCGAGUUUGAUCACCUCGGCCACUGGGGGUGAAAUCUUGUCUUCUGAUGUCACUGGAAGUGUGGCUGAGACUUCGGCUGAGACGACUGAGCCAUCUACUGAAGUUGUCCCCUCGCCUUCGACUGACGCCUCGCCUUCGACUGACGUUGUUCCUUCGCCUUCAAGUGAAUCUGCAACUGAAGCGUCUGCGGUUUCGUCCACUGAAGCGGUACCUUCGCCUUCGGUUGACCCUUCCACUUCCGCUGACCCUUCCUCUACCGGGGAACCUUCGCUGGCUGAUGGUACCACGGUGGUUGUUGAACCCUCGUUGACUUCUUCUGCUGACGAGCCUUUGACUGAACAUAGUUCUACUGACCAAACCUCAUCGUCUGUUAACACCGCUGUGCCUGAGCCCUCGUCCGCUGAUACAGCUCAAUCACUGGCUGAUCCUUCGUCUGCUGACAUCACUCAGGGGGCCGAUCCUUCGUCCAAUGCGUCUUUGACUGGUGGUGAUGCCUCUACUGGUGGUGAACCUGCUUUGUCGACUGAACCUUCGUCUGCUGCUUUUUCUACUGGCGGUGAGCCUUCUUCGGAUGUCAUUUUCCCUCCUGAAAUUGUCACUACCAAGACCACCACCACCGUCACUAAGGAGUGUCCAGUGUGUGAGGAGAAGACCACUACCGUCGAAGUUCCCUGUGUUGUUGAAACCACUACUGGUGACCACGGUCCGGUCAUUACCACUAAGGAAGUUGAGCACAAAGAGACUACUAUUGUCAUCUGCCACCAACAACAAUGUGAAACUAAGACGACCACGGUGUGGGUCGAGUGUCCUCCCACCACUACUGAAGCUGGGGCUGAGCCUACCACUGAACACCAAGAAAACCCUCAGCCUCAACCCGAGACCAACGGUGGGACUAGUACUGGUGUCGUCAUCCCCAACCCUGAAGCGACUCAGCCCGGUGCACCUACCCCUACUGAAGCUAAACCUGAGGAGACUAACCCUGCUGAAGCUGUUCCUACUGAAGCUAAGCCCGAGGAGACGAAGCCUGUGGAGACGAAGCCUGAGGUGACUGAACCUGAAGCGACUAAGCCUGUUGAAGGUGUUCCCACUGAGGCAAAGCCGGAGGAAACUAACCCUGCCGCUCCCACUGAAGCUAACCCGGCUCCUACUGAGGCUAAGCCUGAAGCGACUAAGCCUGCUGAAGCUAACCCGGCUCCCACUGAGGCUGCUCCUACUGGGGCUAACCCUCAAGCCACUGAAGCUCAGCCCGAGCCGACCAACAAGACGUUGGAGUCGGAACAACGUCCUUCGGUGGCUCCCGAGCCCGUUGCCCCCGCUCCUCCAAACACUGCGUCUGCCCCCGUGGCCGGUGGCCCUGGCCCCGCUCCCUCGGGUCCGGUGUCGUUCACUACCCUGGCCACGAGCCAGUCUACUGGGGAAGCCACCCACACUCCCGUGGAGUACGAGGGCGCCGGUAGCGUCGUCACCAUCCCGCGGGCGGCAGUGCUGCUUCUCCUCGUCGCAAUGCUUUUCUAG